AGCUGGCCCAAGAGAGGGUCGUCCAUGGCAAAAUCUGCUACCCGAGCACCGCCUGCCAACCGAAUUAGGACUCUUGAAGCAAGCCAGUUGCACGUCAUCCACGACUAUUACACAUGGCAUGACGGCCCGUGGCGGGCCGAGGCGAGCAGUGCCCAGGCCGGCGAUGCGUGCGCCGUUCCUCGUGCAGCUGCUCGCCGCGGCCUGCUGGACUGACCCGCGCCGGCGCCCUGACGGUCGAGGCCAGGCUCGGGGCUCACGCUCAGGAGCCAACGCUCGGGCGGGGCCAGGCCGCCGACGGCGACCCCGCGGACCCCUUCUCGCCGCCCGACGACGCGGCCGAGCCCGCCCCCGCGGUGCCACCGAGGCCCGCCGAGGUGCUCGGCAGCGCCCCGCCGCCCGCGCCGCAGGAGUGGGGCGGCGCCGCGGCCGCACCUCCGCCGCCGCAGGCCGAGGCGCUCGAGUCCUCGCUGUCGGCGCUCCUCGGCUCCGCCCUGGCGCAGUCGCCGGUAGAGCUGGAGGACCCCGCCCCGGCGCCUCCGCCGCCGGCGCUCUUCGAGGCGGCCUCCGACGGGCUGGACCCUGAGGCGGCGCUGAGCGCGCCAGCCGCAGGCGGCCUGCCCGCGGCGGCCGACGACCUGGAGGUGGCAGAUCUCGAGGGCAAGGAGAAGGACGGGACCGGAGGGGUGCUGCAGUCAGGGACGACGCCGUAGACCUGAGCCCGUGGGAGAAGAUCCUAGCGGCCUCCGACCACAAGAAGUCUUUGGACACCCCGGAGAAGCUGGGCGUCGCCCUCGGGGCGCCAUCCGAUGAGUUCAUGGGGCAGAUGCGCGGCGUCACCGCCAGCAUCAAGACCAAGACCCUGGUGCCCUACGACAUGCAGCUGGAGGGGGCGCCCACAUCAUGAGCGCGCUGUCCGAGAAGAAGCCCCCACAGUCGCUCCCGCGGCAGGAGGACAUCGACUCCCAGGCGCGGGGGGGGCCAUCCUGGCCUGGCGGUUCCUGUCCGACACCCUGGUGGUCUCGGCGCCGAAGUGCGGGGACAAGCACGGCCAGUGGAGGGUCCCGGGCAACAGCGGCGUCAUGAUGCGGUGGACCGAGAACGCGCUUGGGGGCGUGACGUUGAAGGUGGACUCCGCUGUCGAGGGCAACGGCGCCGUGCUUUUUGCAGACGUCAGGGAGAAGUUCACGUGGGACAAGUCGAACUUCCUGGUGACCAACUGCGUCGGCCUCCCGCGUUAUCAGGUGGAGGAGAACAUCGUCAGGACUUCCGAUGAACAAGAUGUCCAGCAUCCAGUCGUCUGGGCUCGACGGGGCGAGGGUGACCGGCGAGGAGCCUUCUUCUACAAGUAUGUCAUCAGGAGCAUGAACGGGACAAAGCUCGCGACCACGCAGAUGUUGAAGCCCGCCACUGGCGAGGUGAACAUCUCGCUGAUCGAUGCUGAGACGGACGACGUCACGGACGUCGUGGCCACGGCGACCCGCAGGGGCGCGUGGGAACAGAGACAGGAACUGGGUGGAGUGCACCAACGACCCCCGAGACUGGCUCAUCACGUUCCCGGCGUACAGGGGAGAGCAGAAGAACGCCCUGGUGACCAUGCAGGACAUUCGCGUGGCGGCGGCGGCGACCAUCACUCUGAUGGAGGGGCGUACCGACAAGAGUUCAUCGGCGAGAACGGGAUCCCGAACACCGGGAAGUGGCAUAUGUAUUGGUCUUUUGGGAAGUCGAUACUGCUCAUCUUCGUGGUCAUCAUCGUGACCUUCUGGAGGGGUGUUGGACCGUAUCGUUCGAGGCGAGCAUGCUCAACCAGAAGAUCCAGGACGACACCUUCAAGCGCCUCGAGAGCAGCAUAUUGCCGAGGUACAGCCCUGGGAAGCGCCUGCCGGUCCUGCACCCGACGUGGGACUGAGGCCAUGCGCUGCAUGCCCCUGCGAGCUGGCCGGGGCGCGACGGCCUCCCGCUGUGUGCCGGGCGAGCCCGCGGUCAUGGGCAGAAGGGCCGAGCGCCGGACCCUGGGACCCCAGGCAGCGCGGAGCGGGGCGCUUUCUCGGGAGCCCAGGCCGCGCCCUCCUCCAUCUCCUCCUCCCCCUCCUCCUCCUCCUCCUCCUCGCGCCUGCCUGGUGUGGGCGCCCUCGCCUCCAAGGCGGCGUGCCGCGCUGGCGGCCCGCGCAGGCCGCCGCGCAAGGCCGCUGCAGCCGGAGAGGGGAGAAGAGGCCACGGGCACGGAAGACUUGUACAAUUGAUUGAUCGGCAGGUAGCUGUAUCUCGAGCGUCGCUGAGACUGCUCAGCGCAAGCGCCAGAAC